AUGGAUGAAAACGUUUAUAAUUUUGAAAAUUUGGCGGAUAUAGACAAGUUCUAUACGACGAUACGGUGGAACAAUCAAUACUCGCACAUGAGUACCUUACCAUCUCAUCUACAAAAGGAGAGAGAGAGCCAUAAAUCCCUGUUGGAGCGGUAUGAUACCUACGCAAAUAAAAAUUCUUCUUCCAAUUGUGAAAACAAGGAACUUGCGCUACAGACUAUUUCUAAAGAUAUGCGAGGAACAUCUCAAGCUUUAGUUGACAAGAAAGAGCAAGACACGAAUGCAUCAUCUUUUGUUGAUGAAAUUUUUCAGCCAGAAAGCACUGGGCACUUUAUAGUAAAUAGGUAUGAAAAACUGAUAUCACAAAAACCAGAAUGGCAUGCCCCUUGGAAACUUUCACGCGUUAUCAAUGGACAUCUUGGAUGGGUACGAUGCGCUGCAAUUGACCCCGUUGACAACGAGUGGUUUGUCACUGGAAGCAAUGACACAACAAUGAAAGUUUGGGAUCUCGCAACAGGGAGAUUAAAGAUUACUUUAACAGGACAUGUAAUGACAGUGCGUGGCAUUGCCGUCUCGGAUCGACAUCCCUAUUUAUUUUCUGUCAGUGAGGAUAAGACAGUCAAAUGCUGGGAUCUGGAAAAAAAUCAGAUCAUCAGGGACUACCAUGGGCACUUGUCCGGAGUUCGUACAGUGAGUAUACAUCCAACGCUGGAUCUUAUAGCCACUGCAGGGCGAGAUAGUGUUGUCAAACUUUGGGACAUUAGAACCAGGGUACCUGUCAUAACGCUCGUGGGGCAUAAAGGUCCUAUCAAUCAGGUGGAAUGUGCUCCAGUGGACCCUCAAAUAGUAAGCUCAUCUACUGAUGCUACGGUGAGAUUAUGGGACAUUGUUGCAGGGAAAGCUAUGAAAGUUCUGACACACCAUAAGAGAUCAGUGAGAGCUAUCGCGUUACAUCCAAAGGAGUUUUCAAUGGCAUCGGCGUGCACCGAUGAUAUUAGGUCGUGGGGAUUAGCAGAAGGGUCUUUAUUAACUAAUUUCGAGUCCGAAAAAACAGGAAUAAUAAACACUUUGAGUAUUAAUCAAGACGAUGUCUUAUUUGCUGGUGGAGACGAUGGAAUGUUGUCGUUUUAUGACUACAAAUCUGGGCACAAAUACCAAUCUUUGGCUACGAGAGAAAUGGUAGGCUCGUUGGAAAGUGAACGAGGCGUCCUGUGCAGUACUUUCGAUAAAACGGGACUAAGAUUGAUUACUGGGGAAACAGACAAGAGUAUAAAGAUUUGGAAACAAGAUGAAACUGCCUCAAGAAAAUCGGAACCUGGGUUAGCAUGGAAUCCCAAUCUACGGACUAGAAGGUUUUAA